UCUACUCUCUUGGCUCUUGCUCUUCUCUUAGCCCUUCUUAGGCUGGCUUUGCUUCUACACCCCUCCACAAUGUAGAGUUCAGGAAAUCUCGGAAUGCUAAGUUCUGAGAGGAGUUCUAUUCUCUGCUCUAUUACUCACACAUAUGAUGGGGAGUCAAGAAUCUCCCUUGAUCAUUCCAGCACUGAACCAUCCGGCUUCCAAAAAACAGACGUAGAACAAACAGAACUUUCUACGGACAUAGCCAAAAAGCCAAAGAACCAAAGCAACACAACGAAAUGAUGACUUUGGGAGCAGUUGCCUCAGUGAUCCUCACCAUAGUAGGAGCUGCUGUAUUUUCUGCCCUUCUUAAGAUUGAAGAAGGACAUGUGGGUGUUUACUACAGGGGUGGAGCUUUGCUGACUGCCACCAGCGGUCCUGGAUUUCAUCUGAUGCUUCCGUUUAUUACGACAUUUAAGUCUGUACAGACAACCUUACAAACAGAUGAAGUAAAGAAUGUUCCAUGUGGCACAAGCGGAGGUGUAAUGAUCUACUUUGAUCGCAUUGAGGUGAUGAACUACCUUAUUCCUUCAGCAGUGUAUGACAUUGUAAGAAACUUCACUGCCGACUACGACAAAGCCCUGAUUUUCAACAAAGUUCACCAUGAGUUGAAUCAGUUCUGUAGUGUGCACUCACUUCAGGAGGUCUACAUAGGUUUAUUCGAUCAAAUACAUGAAAAUCUAAAGCUCACCCUGCAGCAGGAGCUGACCAGCAUCGCACCUGGCCUCAUCAUUCAGGCAGUACGUGUUACCAAACCAAACAUUCCAGAAAGCAUUCGCAGGAACUAUGAACUAACGGAGAGUGAGAGGACAAAGUUACUGAUUGCAGCUCAGACCCAAAAAGUGAUAGAGAAGGAGGCAGAGACGGAGAGUAAAAAAGCUGUCAUCGAAGCAGAGAAGGUGGCUCAGGUGUCUGAAAUCAAUUUUGAACAGAAAGUUAUGGAAAAAGAAACCGAGAAAAAGAUAUCAGAAAUUGAAGAUGGUGUUUUCCUUGCUAGACAAAGAGCAAAAGCAGAUGCAGAGUUCUACACAGCACAGAGAGCAGCUGAAGCCAAUAAGCUGAAACUGACUCCUGAAUAUCUCCAGCUGAUGAAAUUUAAGGCAAUAGCUGCUAAUAGUAAGAUUUACUUUGGAAGCGAGAUCCCUCACAUGUUUAUGGAUUCAGGAGCAGGACGUUCCUACUCCGCUGCCUCCAAAGCCAUAGAUGCCCUCUCAGAGGGGAUACUGGACUUGGAAUGACAAGAAAGGGGACUGAAAGCAAAUAUGUAGCACUAAGAUUAUGGAUACAUGAACAGGUAAUGGAAGAGCAUAGACUAAAGGCCAGUCGAGAGACUGCUUUGGUACAAUAAAUGCAGCUGAAACCAAGGGACCACUUCAGUAAACUAACAUGGUACAGUGUCAGUCGGGCAAAAACACUACACCCAUAUCUAAACAGGUAUUAAGUACACUCUGCUGACUGUACUCACUACAAAGUGGUGUGUGAAUGGAGCGUUAUGGCACUUUCCCAAUGCACGUUACGGUUCGACUCGCCUCAAAUCUACUCGCUUUAAUUUUUUGAGCGUGCAUUUCAAUUGCAGUUUAGUUCCACCUCAACGUGGGUAGGAUUAUAGGCUGAUCGUCAUAGUUGUGCCGCCUCUACUGCCGUGACAUCAUCUUAAACACGACACAAACUGACCAAAACAAUAACACAACCACUAGCUGUUUGCUACUAGCUCAUUUUGCUGCAUGCUGAUUUUACACAAGUGUAACAUUUAAAUUGGCCUGGUUAUUUUAGAAGCAAGUUCCAGUAGCUGGUCAACUAAAUAAAGUGAAGCUUUCAAGCAGAGUAUAGAGUUAACAUAACAAAACAUACCAUCCUCCAACGUGGAUCAACACCAGUCCAGGGCACUCUCCCUCCCAUUGCUUGCCGGUUUAGAUAGAGUCCAUUUGGUCGAACCCCUUCCACUUUUCCUUGAUGGUUCUGUAGUCACUUUUUAUUAUAUUUUUUAAUUUUUUUACUUUUUCCUACACUGCUGGUAGGUCCGGUGGUAGCCGUGUACGGCCAACAGCUGAUACACUUCCUGAGAGACUUUAUCGUUUUGCUCAUUGCUAACAAGUGGACCAUCUGCACCUUGUUUAUUGACCACGGCGUGGUUUUGCGCACAGCCAUUUCUUUUUUCAUAAUUCCAAAAUCGCGUGAACAAAUGAUACUGUUUUCGCUGUUGCUAACUUUAAAACUAGCGGGUUGAUGUGGUAUGUCGGAAAUCCAGUGACGCUGGUAGUGACUAUUCUCCCUGACCAAUCAGUGAUCUGCAGGAUUUUUACGACACAUGUAGUCUCGGCUCGCUUAGAACCUCGACCGAGGUGGUCAGGUUCCAUCCACAGUGGAAAACCCCCAAAAAGCGAGCAGAGUCGAGUUGAGUCUAGCUAUACCGUGCAGUGGAAAAGCCCCAUUAUACUGUUGAAUAUAGCAAAGGAAAUGGGGUGGUUUAUAUGAAUGUGAGUUUAGAACCCAAUGGAGGAAAGAUAUGACAUUUUUAGAAAUGUUCAUUUAUUUGUAUGCACUCUUAGUACAAUACGCAGGGUUUUAGUUUUUUUUAAUUUGGGUAUUUAUACUUAUUUAAUUAUUAUACACUUAUUUACCCAUGCAUCAGGGGUACACCUAUAUUUGUUAGGUUUUAACUGUAAUUUUAUUUAUCUAGCUCCUCAAAAAAAAAAACAUAUGGUCCUACAACAUAACAUAAGGUCAUGCAAAAACCAUGUAGCACACUACAACUUUUAUUGUUACAUACAGAGUACUGUAUUAUAUCUUUAUAUAUAUAUAUAUAUAUAUAUUUUCCGAAGCAAAGUCAAGGACACUAACUGUAUGGAUGUCCUUCUUUUAUCAAUGCACAGUAGAGAUCUCUGUUAACUCCAGGACUGUGAUCUCAUUAACUCAGUUCUUCUGUCACCCUUAGAUUUCCGAGAAGUUGGCAUUAGAGCGUUGAGUUGGCUGACUGCCUCAGAAAUGAGUCUUUGUCUUGGCAAACUCACUGUGGUUGACCUUUAGAAAUCAGGAUGUCUAUGGGCUGUUUCUCAACACUGGAAUGUUGGAAUACUUAAAAAUUUUAGUUGGUCAGUGAGUCAUUUGUAAAACAGUGAAUGUUCUCCAAUUCCCCUAAACUGAAGCUUCGUUACAUAAUUUAUACAGCCAAUUGUAACCGGGUGGUGUAUUGAAUUAUGUUACACACGAAGAUCAUAUUCUGUUAAUUCCAAAUUUUAACCAUGUGGAUCAAUAGCUCUCCUCAACAAUUGUAGUCAGUAAUGGUAAUGUUUGACUAACAUCAAUGCUUUAAAAACCAAAUGAAGCUGCACGUUUGUUUGGUUAUUAAUGUUUCCAUGAUGAACAGCAAACCUCAUAUUUGAACAAAAUAUUUGUAAUCAUAUCUUCAUCUUGUUCCUGUUACUGACCAACUGUAAUUUCAUGAUGAUGGGGUUUUGUUUUAUUUUAUUUUGUUAUUGGACUUCAGAGACUCAUUAGAGCUUCCCAAAGACCUUGACUGUUCAUGUCUUUGCUUUGAGUAAAUGUUGAAUUACUGUCUCAUUAUGACCUCAAGUGUUUUCACCUUUGCCCAUGUAUAGUAUGUACUGUACAUGAAUACUUAAGGGAAUAGUUCACCCAAUAAUGAAAAUUCUGUCAUUCUGGAUUCCAUCAACUGAAAUUAAAAUUUUCAUUGAUCAAAUCUCAUUUGCAGCACCUGAAAAAAUACAGUAUGGUGACUAUGGCACAGAUGUUGAGGUGAACUAUCUCUUUAAGAAUAAAUAAAAAUUUUGUUUUCAAUAAUAUUCAAGUGACAUGCUGAUUGUUUAGUGUAAUUAACCAGUAAAGUAUGUUUAUGCUAUGUGUAAUGUUUAUGCUUAUAAUGAAUUAUAUUAUAAAUAACUUAUAUAAAUGAACUUUUAUUAUUAUUAUAGUCACAGCACAACGAUAUUUCAGUUAAAUUAUAACCUGUUUCAUCUUAGAUAUGUUUGUCUCCAAAAAAUAAAUAGAUAAAUAAAU